UUGAUAUCUGUAUUUUACAUAUCAGAACAGAUGCAGAGCAUUGUGUGAGAUGUUUUUUACAUUUUUUUCUGGCUCUCGGCAGCAGUUUAUCCUUUGCCUGUUGUCCCAGGCAGAGCCAGAAGAGAACUCUUGUUUGUCUCAGUCAGAAUAGUAGCAUUUGAUCUGAAGAGAAUGAUGGGUGGGUUUUUUAACCUAUUACGAGCCAGCAAUUUUCCAUUUUUUCAAAUAGCUAUGGGGGAGCUAACUAGGCAACUCCUCUGGAGUUCAAUUUUAAAAGUGACUUGUGGAUUGAAUAGUAACAUUGGGGUUUUGCAUAUCAUAACUUAACCCUGUUGAAGACAAAGACAGGUCAUCUUUGGCUCCACUAAUUAAUUUAGUUGCAUAAUAGUUAUAGUUAAACCAUGCUCUUCCAAUUAGAUCCACUUUGCCAGAUGCCUGCACCCACUGAGAUCCUCAGUGACUUCAUUAUAACGUCUCUGUUAGAUUUUUUUUUUAAUUGUGUAUUAGAAGGGUGUUAUGCUGCUAUGUGAGAAAUGGGAUAUAGGAAAUAAGCUCUAGAUGACAGGAAGUGACUAUUUUAUCAGGGUGUGGCUUUUAAGGGCUCUUCUCCAAUAAGCGUUGUAAAGAUCUUGAUUCUGGAGAUUAAUAUUGUUAACUCUCUUGAGAGUUGCUUGUCAAUGCACCCAACCAGAAGCAAGUUGCUAACUAGCAGUUAUAUGAAAUAAAGAAACAAUCAUAUGACAACAACAAGGAGAUUUUGAAAUUAAAUAAAAAAUGUUGUGUCCUACAGUAUACUGUGAAUAUUUGAUAGAGGAUUCACAACAUAAAUCCUUUACAUAGUCUCACAUUGUUGUUUCCAUAGUUACUGAGUAAGGUGGGCCAUGAAAUAUCUCCCAUUUAAAAGAGAGAUUUUCAUUUAAGUGUUGACUAUAAAUGAUAAAAUUUCCAGUACACGAAAUUUUAUUUUGUAAACAUCCAAGAUAAAGGCAAGUUGGUGUUCUCAGUUCAGUGGACAGAUAGUCACUAGCACAGUUGAUGCUAAUCUGUACUCUUGUUAGCAGUUUUGGAGAGGCCAUAGAGACUUGAAUUACGUUCUCAUUCCUAAAUGUGGUCCCUUAGGUGAGAUUUGAGGGAUGCUGUCAGGGCAGCAUGAAAGAGGCUUGCAACUACUGCUACCCAUGCUAUAUCUGUUCUGGGAAUAAAUAUAGGACUUCAGUCUCUAGUGCGAAUGGAGCCAUCGUCUUUCUCAAAUACUGAAUGAAUUUACUUCUUCCUCCUCUAAAAAGGUUAAAGGAUAAUGGCAGGAAAAGUGAAAUGGGUAACUGACAUAGAAAAGUCCGUGCUAAUAAAUAACUUUGAAAAGAGAGGAUGGAUUCAGGUGGCAGAAAAUGAAGACUGGAAUUUUUACUGGAUGAGCGUACAAACCAUCCGCAAUGUUUUCAGUGUGGAAACUGGUUACCGGCUUUCUGAUGACCAAAUCGUCAACCAUUUCCCGAACCAUUAUGAGCUGACAAGGAAGGACUUGAUGGUGAAAAAUAUCAAGAGAUAUAGGAAAGAACUAGAAAAAGAAGGGAGUCCUCUUGCAGAGAAAGAUGAGAAUGGAAAAUAUAUUUAUUUAGAUUUUGUGCCUGUCACCUUUAUGCUCCCUGCUGAUUACAACCUGUUUGUUGAAGAAUUCAGAAAAAAUCCUUCCAGCACCUGGAUUAUGAAACCUUGCGGGAAAGCCCAGGGGAAGGGGAUAUUUCUUAUCAAUAAACUCUCUCAAAUUAAAAAGUGGUCUCGAGACAGUAAAACAUCUUCGUUUGUUUCUCAAUCUUCUAAAGAAGCCUAUGUAAUUUCUCUCUAUAUCAACAAUCCAUUACUGAUUGGUGGGAAGAAAUUUGACCUGCGCUUGUAUGUUUUAGUGUCUACGUAUCGUCCGCUGCGGUGUUACAUGUAUAAACUUGGAUUUUGCCGGUUUUGCACAGUAAAAUAUACACCAAGUACAAGCGAAUUAGAUAACAUGUUUGUACAUCUUACAAAUGUUGCCAUUCAGAAACAUGGGGAUGACUACAAUCAUAUCCACGGAGGCAAAUGGACAGUGAGUAACUUGCGCUUGUAUCUAGAGAGUACUCGUGGAAAGGAGGUCACUAGCAAACUGUUCGAUGACAUUCAUUGGAUAAUUGUGCAGUCGCUGAAGGCCGUUGCACCUGUAAUGAACAAUGAUAAACACUGCUUUGAGUGCUAUGGAUACGAUAUUAUCAUCGAUGACAAGCUUAAACCAUGGCUUAUUGAGGUCAAUGCUUCCCCUUCUCUUACCUCCAGUACAGCCAAUGAUCGUAUCCUCAAAUAUAAUCUUAUUAAUGACACACUUAACAUUGCUGUGCCUAAUGGUGAAAUUCCAGACUGUAAAUGGAAUAAAUCUCCACCAAAAGAAGCUCUUGGAAAUUAUGAGAUUUUGUAUGAUGAAGAGAUGGCACAAAGUGAUGGAGCUGAUCGUGAUUUGAGAAGCCGUUCUGGGCAAUCCAUUGGACUAAAAGGAAAUCGAGCAAGAGAUUCAGGAAAGCCCGUGCUCACCACAUGGAAGUAGUGACAAAAUCAAAUUAAUAUCAAAUCAGAAAUAUUUUACUGAAAUUCAGUGCUAUGCUUUUGGCAGGAAAUUUUGAACUGAGGACUCAGGGCUUUCUCUCCUUUGGACGGCUUCCUUCUCUAUUGUGUAUGGGAGUUAAUAACUCUGAAACGGGACAAAAUACGUCAAAGAAAUAUUUGUACCAAUAUGAGACAAGUCUGUGUAAAGUGAGGCACCUAAUCAGCUAUUCUAAUAGUAAACUCACUAGUUUACUGCAAGAGUAUUAUGCUGCAUGUGGCUAUAGCAAAUUUAUUGUAAUAUAAAGAAUUAACAUAUUCAUUGCUUUAAACUUUUAAAAGCAUAACUACUCAGACUUGAGAAACAUGGAUAUUUUUUCAACAAAUGGCUGUUUUGGCUUAUAACUCUCUUAAAGAACCUUCUUAAGAAAUCUGGUGUUAACUCUAAAUAUUCAUUUUUAAACGAACCACUGGUUUGGUGUUCAAUAUUUUGUUUUCCAGACUGUACAUCGUAAGUAAUCUAUCUCUACACUUGUAAUUUAUUAUACAGUUUUAACUCCUUUGUAAUGAAUUAAGUGUGUUAAAAAUUUGUGGUCAGGAUUUGAUUACAGGUUCUGUAGAAAACCUAGAAAAAAAUUUGGACCUCAGGAUGUCAUUCCUCUGUGUUCCAGGAUUAAUCUUGAAAAUAGAAUCCAGAAAGGUCAGAGGUGUUGGGCAUUAUCAUUGUUCUAUAGUUUACAUUGGCAUGAUGACAAUUAAAUUCCUUGAUACAAGUGCAGUCUCUUCUGGCAACAUUUACAAUACAAGCCUUGCUGAGCUGUGAUUGUCAAUGCACAAUUAAUGAUUUUUAGCUAAUGUUGAGAUUUAAAAAUAAAUAAAUCCCCAAAUACUGAGAUUGUCAGAUGUGUUGAAGCUGUAACUCAGGAAUUAAAAUUACAUGGAAGGGGAGAAUUUCUCACAUAGCAAGUUGCUGUGUUAUCACAUAUGACAUUUAUUUUUACUUCUAAGGUGAUUUUAGACAUACCUGAAUAAACUUCUUCCUGCUUUUCCUCUUGAACAUACUGUAAUUAAUGUCAACCCCACUGCUCAGUGAUGCCUGUAAAUCUUUGCUUGUAUCUAUACAGCUCUUUAUUUAUGUAUGUAAGUAUGUAUAUAGAUAUGUCUGUAUUUUACAUAUUUUAUGUUCUGUAACAAAAUUCCAUUGCAUCUAAUAAGCCAUCUCCUAUGACUCUGAUGUCAGAAGGUACAAUAGCUACAAAUAGCAUAAAGCGAGAGAAGUUAAAAAGGCAAUGAUUGCAGUCUUUUAACUAGUAGAACAUUAUAUAUAUAAACUAGUCAAAUGUAUGAUUGGCUGUUACCUCUGAUGUCACAAUUCUAGCACUCAUCAAGAAGAUUCUCAUAGCUGCUGUAACAUACAGCUCAAAUUUUGGGGGAGAAAGAAAUCUCCAAAAGUACUUGUGCUAUCAUAAUAAAACUCUGCUGAGCACUUGGAUCUCCCUAAACAAUUAAUAGCCAUAUAGAAUGAAUGAGGGACAUUUUAUAUGCAAUUCUAAUCAUUGUUAAUCUUGUAUGUUCUGUUUAAAUAUAGAAAGUCAAAUACAAAAUAUGGCAUGUCUUUCCACCAAGUCCCUGGUCCUUAAAAUUAUGGAAAUUCACCCCCUUCAUUAGGAGCACUGUAAUAAGUCAUCAGAAGAUUGUGUCUUGAACUGAGAUUAAGGAGUACUUUUUACAUGAUAAAGAAAUUAAAUCCACAUAUCCAGCUCCCUCAUGUAUUGUUGUGU